UCUGUUCCGGAGCAACGCCAAAAUAGUGAAGACUUGACUACAGCUCUCUUUGUCUUUCGGCUUCUUUUAUAGAAAUGCGCAGUGUUGUCUAAAUAUCCAACGAAUCCGAAUUUUAUAUGACUCAAACAUUUUACUUUCUAGCAGCGGAUCCGAUUAGCUUGCACCGCACGGAACUAGUAAGUUGCAGACGGAAGCAAAAUCUGUCAACAAACGCUUCUCUUGUUUGAAACAGUAUGUGCGAAACAAAGACGUACUAAGCUCAAAUAUGUUUAAAAACACAUUCCAAAGCGGAUUUUUGUCCAUUUUAUACAGUAUCGGCAGCAAACCGCUUCAAAUAUGGGACAAAAAGGUGAGGAACGGUCACAUCAAGAGAGUCCCGGACAAUGACAUACACUCAAAUGUGUUGGAGGUUGAGGGAGCCAAUGUCAGCACCACCUAUAUUACAUGUCCUGCAGACCCCAAGAAGACACUGGGCAUCAAACUUCCUUUUUUGGUGAUGAUAAUUAAAAACCUCAAGAAAUACUUCACAUUUGAAGUUCAGGUGUUGGAUGACAAAAACGUUCGGCGGCGAUUUCGGGCGAGUAACUAUCAGAGCACGACCAGAGUGAAGCCGUUUAUCUGCACCAUGCCCAUGAGGCUGGAUGACGGCUGGAACCAGAUUCAGUUCAACCUGUCAGACUUCACCAGGAGGGCCUAUGGAACCAAUUACACGGAGACGCUGCGUGUACAGAUUCAUGCUAACUGUCGUAUAAGGAGGGUGUAUUUCUCAGAUAGACUGUACGCUGAGGAUGAGCUCCCAGCAGAGUUUAAGCUCUACCUGCCUGUCCAGAACCAGAAGGCCAAGCAGUAGAGUCUGUCAACCCACACUGUUCCCCCCGAUGUGAUGUGGAAUUCAGGUGUUAGACUUUUUCUGUGUAGAUGUGUAUGAUGAUCUUUAGAACACUGUGAUGCUGUUAUUUUGGAGGUAUGAGUUUAAAGUACCCUCUUGUGUUGCUUUCGGCACAAUAAAGCCUUUUUUAAUGGA